UUUGCACGGGUACCACAAUGCUGAGGUUUCAACAAGGAGGCCUGUUUUGUGGGGCUCAAAGAGUCCUCCUUUGUAUGGCCAUCCUAUCGCUGACUGUCUUGGGUUACACCACAGAUGUCCCAGACCGCUGCCAUCAUACCAUGAUAAAUUUUCGACUGGUAGCCGACUGCCAAGGUCAAAGCCACAAGACAGUUCCCAAAGUUGAUCCCACCAUCCAGGUCCUCCUGCUGAAUUUUAACCUUUUCUCCACCAUCUUGAAUUCUACCUGGCCCCAAAUGGAUUCCCUGCAGAUGUUAUCCCUUGGGAAGCAGUUGGGAGGGUCCCUCUUUGUGGGAGAGAGGGCCUUUCAGAAUGUGGCUGGUAUCACAUUCCUGGACCUUGGAGGCAACAUGAAUGUAACGCUACACCCCGCUGCGUUCGCAGGCCUGACCAAGCUUGAGGUAUUACUCUUGGAUGUUAAUGGCUUUGAUGAUAAGGUUUUGGAAAGAAGAUACUUCCAGGAUUUGGUGUCCCUGAAGAGACUGGAUCUUUCUGGAAAUCUCAUCCAGAGACUGAGGCCUGAUCCAGCCUUUCAACAGCUUAGAAGGCUAAGCUUCCUUCAGCUGAAACUCAACAACAUUGAGAGGAUUUGUGGGGAUGACCUACAAAACCUGAAAGGGCGCCAUCUUGCCUUGCUUGACCUGUCUUUUAACCGUUUGCUCUACCACCCCACCUGCACCAACCCUUUCCACAACAUCACGGUGGGAACCCUGGACAUCUCUUCCAAUCCAUGGGAUGCAAUGCAAGUUGAACAGUUUUUCACAAGCAUAACUGGCACACGGAUCCAGAACCUCAAGAUGCAAUACUCAGUGGCGAUUGGAAGCUCAUUUGGUUUCCAUAACCUGGAGGACAUUUCGGCCAGGACCUUCUCUGGGCUACAUGAUAGUGGCACCUUCUCCCUUGACAUGUCCCAUGGCUUCCUAAAUGAACUAGCCCCCUCUGUCUUCUCAGCUUUCCCAGAUCUCCACAUCCUGUUUUUGAGGUUCAAUAAGAUUACCGAGAUCCAUGAUGGGGCCUUCCUCAAGCUGAAUCAACUGCAUGUUCUUGAUCUAUCCAACAACCUUCUUGGGGAGUUGUACACAAAAGCAUUGAAAAGUCUGAGGUCAUUGCCCCUCCAGUAUCUCAUCCUGAAGUCCAACCACAUUGGAAUUGUUCAACAUGAUGCCCUUGUGGGGCUGGAUUCCUUGCAAAUCCUUGACUUACAGGACAAUGCUCUCUCCCAAGUACCAAACGGUAAACUCCCAUCUCUGCAGCGUCUGAUGCUGGGGCACAACAGGAUCAGGGACACCUUGGGCAUUGAGCAUCUUAGCCAGAACCUGACACACCUUGACCUCUCCUCCAACCGUCUGAGUGACCUGGGGCAGCUCUGGGAGCAGCUAGGGAAGAUCCCCUCUUUGCUUUUUCUAAAUCUCUCAAGCAACCACUUGGCAAGAUGCUUCUGGAUCCAAGAAGGCCCCAGACACCUCAGAGAACUGGAUCUUUCCCAUAACAACCUGGCAGGCGUCUGGAAAGCAGGGAAAUGUGCAGGCAUCUUUCAUCAUUUAGAGAGGUUGACGGUCCUGAAUCUCAGCUUCGGCAGCCUCAAGGACUUUCCUAAGGGUCUUUUCCGGGGGUUGGUGUCUCUGCAGACUCUGGACCUCUCUGAGAACCUCCUGCCCUUACUUCCAGAGGAAGUAUUCCUUGGCCUGCAGUCUUUGCGUACCCUCAGCCUCCGUGGGAACUCUAUGAUGACCCUGUCCCCAUCUGUAUUCCAGCCACUGGUUCUGCUGCAGACCUUGGAUCUGCAGGAACUGACCUUGUUUUGUCACUGUGGGCUUGCCAGCUUGCAGACUUGGCUGCAGAGCAACAGCAUGGCACCGAAAAGAUCUGUGGCCGCAGGGAUCCCUUGUGUUCUUCCCACUCCAACUUUCACACGGGUCUCCUUGUCCUGGUUUCUCCACAACAACUGUGAUGUGUAGUAAAAGCACCU